AUGUCUCUUAAGGUGAUCCUCGUAGCGUGUGUGGCCGCUGUGGCUCUGGCCGAUAAAGCUCCCGCUUACCCUCAAUAUGUAGCACCCACGUACCAUGCCCCCGCCCCUUACAAACAGCCUGAAUACCCAACUGCACCACCCAAGUACAACUACAACUACGGCGUCGCCGACAGCUACUCCGGCGCCAACUUCGCCGCCUCGGAGUCCCGCGACGGUAAGGUGAUCCUCGUAGCGUGUGUGGCCGCGGUGGCUCUGGCCGAUAAGGCUCCUGUGCACCAUCAGCCACCUGUUUACGCCGCACCCACGUACCAUGCCCCUGCACCCUACAAGCAGCCUGAAUACCCUACCGCACCACCCAAGUACAACUACAAUUACGGCGUCGCCGACGGUUACUCCGGCGUCAACAUCGGCCACUCAGAAGCCCGCGACGGCUACAAGACCGAGGCCUCAUAA